UCCCGCGGGCCUGCUGAUUGGCCCACCCCCGGUCUCCAGCCACCUGCUGCCGUCCAUCACGGGGCCACCCUCCCCAUCCUCCAUCCUGUCCACAAGGCUCAGCAAAGCGGCUGGCGGCCUGGUCCGGGACCUGCUGCUGCUCCAGUCAUCUCCAUGGCAACCAGCGCCUGGGAGGAGCUAGAUGGCGGCCUGGGCAGCUGCCAGGCCCUGGAAGACCACUCUGCGCUGGCCGAGCCCCAGGAGGACAGGGCUCCAGCAACACCCAGGCUGGCCGACUCCGGCAGCCCACCCCACGACUCUCAGGAGCCGGUGGCUGAAGGCCGCAGUGUGGACACCAGGCCCAAGAAGAUGGAAAAAGAGGCUGCCGCCAGGGGGACCCCAGGAACGGGGAAGGAGAGGCUGAAAGCCGGAGCGAGCCCUCGGAGCGCCCCCGCGCGCAAGAAGGCGCAGACCGCGCCGCCCCCGCAGCCGCCGCCACAACCCCCGGCCCUGAGCCAGGAGCUGCCCUGGGGAGACCUGUCGCUCAACAAGUGCCUGGUGCUCGCCUCGCUGGUGGCGCUGCUGGGCUCGGCUUUCCAACUGUGCCGCGACGCCGUGGCUGGGGAGGCAGCAGUCCAAGCGCGUGCGCCCGAGCCCUGGGUCCCGCCAAGCUCGGCCCCGAGGGAGCCAUCGUCGCCCCUGCCUAAGUUCGAGGCCCAGGCGCCCCCAUCAGCGCUGCCUGCGCCCCGGACCGAGGCAGAGAUCAGACCCAAGAUUCCCGGGAGUCGGGAUGCUGCAGAGAAGGACGAGGCCACCGGAGAGGCCGUCGGGGAGGACCGUGCGCCCCUCGCAGACCGGGGACCCAAGGAGAGGCCUCGGAGAGAGGGGAAACCGCGGAAGGAGAAGCCGCGGAAGGAGGAGAGGCCGAAGAAAGAGAGGCCGCGGAAGGAGGAGAGGCCACGGGCCGCCAAGGAGCCCCGGGAAGCCCUGCCUCGGCGCUGGGAGUCACGCGAAGGGGGCCAUCGGCCGUGGGCACGGGACUCCAGGGACGCCGAGCCCAGGAAGAGGCAGGCCUGGGUCUCCCCGAGGCGUCCCGACGAGGAGGAGCGGCCUGGGAGUCGCCAGAAGCUCCGCGCAGGCAAGAGGCGGGACUAAGCCGGCCCGCGCCCGAGUCCAGGGACCCCUUCUCGACAACCCGCGACUCUGGCGAAAUAAAGCUAGGGCUGCGGCCGCAGAGUCAUCUGCUUCUUUACGCCUGGACCCGGCAACGAGUCCGGGGCCUGAAAGACCGUCGCGGGGCGCUUCAGGCAGGGGAAAGACAGCGAGCGCUACAGGGUGGACCCAGGCCGUGCCCAAGGAGAGACGGGCGGCCCCUCUAACACGCACGGACACCCCA